UAUAAGAGCUCGGGAAAGUUUGGCUGGAACCACUGGAGACGCUGAAGAAGGCGGGGUCCUCAGAGUCUUGGCUGCAAAACAGAUUUGCAGAUCAAGGAAAACCCAGGAGUUUCAAAGACGUGCCAGUAAGAACUCUGAGAUCCUUGCAGUAGCCACAUCCUUAGGGAAGGAAGAAGAUGACUUCUAGAAGCAUGAGGCUGCUCCUACUACUGAGCUGCCUGCCCAACGCGGGAGUCCUGAGUGAUAUCAUCAUGAGACCCAGCUGUGCUACUGGAUGGUUUUACCACAGGGCCAACUGCUAUGGUUACUUCCGGAAGCUGAGGAGCUGGUCUGAUGCCGAGCUCGAGUGUCAGUCUUACGGAAACGGAGCCCACCUGGCAUCUAUCCUGAAUUUAAAGGAAGCCAGCACCAUAGCAGAGUACAUAAGCAGCUAUCAGAGAAGCCAGCCCGUAUGGAUUGGCCUGCACGACCCACAGAAGAGGCAGCGAUGGCAGUGGAUUGACGGGGCCACGUAUCUGUACAGAUCCUGGUCUGCCAAGUCCGUGGGUGGGAACAAGCACUGUGCUGAGAUGGGCCCCAGCAACAACUUUUUAACUUGGAACACCAACGAAUGCAGCAAGCGCCAACACUUCCUGUGCAAAUACCGACCAUAGAGCAAGAAUCAAGAUUCUGCUAACUCCUGCACAGCGCGUCCUCUUUCUUUCUGCUAGCUGGGCUAAUCUGCUCAUUAUCUAAGAGAGGAAACCAAGCAAAAUAAGAACGUUAAGGCCCCUAUUGCACUGGCUUUUUUAGGUUUAGAGACAGAAACUUUAGCAUUGGCACAGUAGUGACUUCUAGCUCUAAAUGUUCACCCUGCCAUCCCUUUCCACAGUACCCUUCUUUGUGGGAGUUGAGUCAGGGUGGUGGGAAAAAUUUUAGAGGAAACAUUAUAAAGGUAGUUAUAGGAAAUAGUCACAAACCUUCUUGGAAGGCCAGGGGGGUGGGGUUGCAUAGCUUCAAUAAAAGGUUUGGCCAAAGGCAGCUGAAUUCUUUAAAAGCUUACGGUGUUAAUACAUAGGAAUGUAAAGGAGUUUAUCUAAAUAGCUUGUUUACUCAGGUGGGCCAACCUUUGAUCUUAUGUGCAAGGAACUGCUCUCUACUCAGGGAGUUGGCAAAAUUAAUUACCCAUUAGCGGUGUUUGGUCAAGACAUUUGUCAUUUAAUCUGUACUAAAUAAGUGUGAACUUCACUGACUAGUCAGGGUCAUGGCUGCUAACUCAUGACCAGACCCUUCUCUGGGUGUCUGUAAGCUGCCCAGACCCCUGACCCACUCUUCCGCUGGUUAUUUGUGUCUGAGUGCAUCUGCAUUUGUUCAUCCAUUGCUGGGUCAGGGUCUGUGGGUCAGACCUGACACUUCUUCCCUCCUCCCCUGUCUCUGGCUGUCUCGAGCAGUUAGAAAAGUGCUUCUCCAGCCAGUGAAACAGCUGGGUCUUUGGCCAUAAGAAGUAAAGACUUGAAGGCAGGAGGAAGAAACUCAGGAGUAAGCUUCUAGCCCCUUUCCGCUUCUACACCCCUCUGCUCUCUCUCCAUUGCCUGCACAUGCCCAGUCAAUUCCUGCUCGUUUUUCUUUUGGCCAUGGGAAGGUUUGCCAGUAGAAUCCUUGCUAGACUGAUGUGGGCUAUACAUUCAUUUAAUAAACUGUCUUAUGAAUAAGG